GUCCUGGUUGUUUAUGUCUUCUAAUUAUUUGGUUGGCCAGCUGCCUCCCGUUCCCCAGAGGGCUGGUGGUUUUCAGUGAUCUCAACUAAAUAAAUAUGUAGAGAGUUCAAUGGUAUUUUAUACUUCGAUUUAAACAUAACUGCACUUCAAGGUCACGAGGUGGAAGGAGAGGAGGGAUAUUGUUAUCUAAACGGGAGCUCCACUAUCAAAACUUAAAGUCCUAACGAAGUUCUCAAUUAGAUGAUAGUGCUCCUCUCUCCUUUUAGCUCUUGACCUUGACGUGCUGCUAGUGCAUUAAAAUCGGAGUAUAGACCGCGAACUGUAGACUUUACCCAAAUUUACACACGGUGGCACAUGUAGGUCAAAGAAUCAAAAGUUGUAAAUUUAAAUUUUUGGCAUUGGAAUGUCCAAUUGGAUGGCAAUGUCCCAGUCUAUUCCAGCUUGUGACCUCCAAGUGCCACUAUGUUUAAAUCUAAGUAUAGUUGAAGUCUCUCCAUCCUAUGGUGGUGGGUGAUUGUCAGGCGGUAGUAUUUGAUCAACAUGGAUUUGAUGAGUUUUUACUAUUCUCGUUAGCAAUCGAGAUUGUGUUGCAAGACAUUCGUUUUUUCUGGGGUUAACUCAAAAGUUGUUUCAGUUUUUUUAAGUUUAUCCCCGUUUUGGUUGUAAAUCCCAUUGUGAAAAUGCAUGAUGUGGGAAAUGCAAGUGUUAAUUAUCCUCAACUUUUGCAUCAAACCUACAACGAAGCAUUACUGAGAAAUGAGCUUGCUCAGAAGCACUGGCAGAAAUUGAAGGAAGAAUACAUGACAUUGGAAUCAUUUUUAAAUGAUCUUCCUAAAGAGUUGUCAAAAGAUGUUAUGGUGCCUGUAGCUCCUCGGGCUCUAAUGCGUGGUAAAAUUGCCCAUUCCAAUGAAAUUCUUGUGUGUCUUGGUCAAGGAUACUUUGUAAAGAGAAGUGCAAUUCAAGCUGUUGAAAUAUGCAAAAGGCGUGAGAAAAUUUGCUCUGACAUGUUGGAGUCAUUAGAAAAAGAGAGGAACUUAUUUAUUGGAAGACAGGAGUUGCCCUUGCAACAAGAUGCUUUUGGUGGUGUCAGAGAAAUUAUUGAAGAGUACAAUGAAGAGGAGGAAACUCAUUGGAAAGCUGAACAUAAAAAAAAGGAACGAGAGUAUCGUCAAAAAUUGGCCGAACUCAGAACAAAGGAGAAAACUGCAGUCGUGGAUGAAGAGUCAUUGUGGCAACGGCUUGAUGAAUUAGAAUUGCAAGAAGAGCUGGAAGAAGAACUUGAUAGAUUACAUGCUGAAGAGAGUGAUGUGGAAGAAGAAGAGGAUGAAGAAGGGGAAGAAGAGGACGAUGAAGAAGAAGAAAAAGGAAAUGAGAGGGAUACAAAGAAAGAAGGAAUGCAAUCUGAAAAAGACCUUCCUAAAGAAGAAAUGCAUGCAAAAUGCCCAUCUCUUGGGCGUCGUGUUUCAUUUGCUGCAUUGGCUGGGGAUGAAAAUGGAGAUGAAGAAUUAAGGAUAGUGUUUCACCAUAGCAAUGUGUCUCCUCCAGAUCCCACACGCUCAGAAAUUAUACAGAGCCCAGCUGAGCUGUACCUUCAUUUCAAAAACGUUUUUCUUACUGAGCCUAAGUCUAUUUUGAAAAAGACAAGUUCAUAUGAAAAUUCCUUUGAUAAUACUUAUGGUGAAGAUUCUCAUGGUGAAGUCACUGAAUAUGAAAGUGCAGUGGAUUUAUCAUCUCCUACACCACCUCCUCCCCCUCCGAUUCGGGAAGAAGUAGUCGAGAGAGUCACAAAUGUAAGCAGUUCUACUCCAGCAGUUGACCGACCAGUUAGUCGCUUUAAAGCAUUGCGCCAACAGAAAAAAAGAUAGUUGCUAUAGCUGGGAAUGAUUCCUAUGGUUGAUUGAUUUGACCUUGGUACCCUUGACCAAAGACUGAAUAUUUUUGACUAAAGGGUGCAGUUGUAACCUUCAAGAGGAAGCAUUUAUUGUGAAAAAUAUUGUCAAUCAAAUUUUUAGUUGAGUUGUACAUAUGUUAUAUAAUCUGCUGUGUGUCAAGAAAAUUCCUAGUGUAGAAUUUCAAACAUAACCAUCAUUGUCAUUUUUUUCUUAUGAUCACAUUUCCCAUUAGCACCCGAAUUAAAUUUGCUACAAGUUACCUGGUGUGCAUGCAAGGCUAUUGAUGAAACUCUCUCUUAGUAUCUUUUGGCAACUUAUUGCUGAAUUGUUACUAUGUUGCU